AUGAAUUGUAGCAGUCGCUGUAAAGUACAGGGAACAUGGAACGACAUGGAGGAAGUAAAAUACUUGAUUUGCGCUAUGGAGUGUUGCCAGUGUCCCAAGAUACCACCGCUACCCACGUGUUCCAUUAUAUUACCACCGAGAAUCGAGGAAUUACCAUCUGUCCUGCCUCCUCAAAGGUCUUGCUGUCCGCCUCCUCGCUGUCCACCAACUCCCCGUUGUCCACAACUGCCUCCUUGUCCAUUGUCACCACCUUGUCGUUCACCAGCGCCUCCUUGUUGUCAGAUACCUAUAGUACCUAAUCCCUGUUGCAUUUCUCCGCCACCGAGAUAUCCAAUUCCACCCGAAGUCUCGACAAGGCCCUGUUGUCCACCUUCUCCAUUGCCAUGUUAUCCAAUUACAUAUGGUUGA